AUUCAAAAAUGGUGGACGUCGAUGCUUGAGUUUCCGGCGUUUUGAUGAAGUUACUAAAAUAUUAUGAUGUGUAUUUAGUUUAGAACCCCAUUUUAAACAGUGUUGUAAAAUAGAAAAUGGUAACGAUUGUCGACGAUUUAGAUUCCUUAACUUUAAAUGAGCCAAUCUUCAAGGAUGUCAAAUAUUAUUUGUCCGGAGAUGUCUCUGAAAGGAUUAUGCACCUUCUCCAGUCGGGCGGGGCUGAAGAAAAGAAAUAUUUCUCGGACUAUGUCACUCAUUUAAUUUGUGGCCAGAAUGCUGCAGACACAGACCUCGAAGACGCUCAGGAUAUCUAUCAGAUCCCUGCUGUGACAGAAUACUGGGUGCUUGCUUGCAUUAGGUUGAAAAGAUUGGCAAAUACAAAGCCAUACAGCUAUUCGAAGAAUAAGAUAUUCUCUAAUGUGGUGGCCUGUGUGUGUAAAGUGAGUGUCGUCGAUGCCAAGACUUUGUUCGCGCUUCUAACAUAUCAUGGUGGCAAAGUGAAGGUACAGCUGGACAGUCAGUGCACCCACUUGAUCUGUGGUUCAGCUUCUGGCAAAAAAUAUAGUGCUGCUCUUACUCUACCUACUUCAAAACUAAAAAUAGUGACCCCUGAUUGGGUAUUGGAGAGCUUAAAAGCGAGAAUACAAGCAGUGGCUGAAGUUUUUCACCCCAAACUGCUCAUUGUGCCACAACCACCUAAACCAAUGGAUCGCAUUAGUGCAAUCACUGGAUUUGACUUUGAGGAAGGUAUUGCCAAGAAUGAAGUGCCAACACAAAAUCUGUCAGAUAAUAAAGAUGAAAGUACCCAGGCCUUGCUUGAUAAAUUGAAACAAAGGAUGCCUUGGAACCACCCCCCUUCUACUGCUAAUUCAUCUUCCAUAGCUACAUCCACUGUGAGUUCUUUGGGCUUCACAAACACCCAAAUGCCCACCUCGAGUAUUAUGAGCAAGUCUAUUCCUCAAGGCAUUGUGACUCAAAAUUUGCAAAUACAAAAUAGUCAACCUAAUGCUCAGUUAAUGCAAAAGUUUGGACAAAACACAAUUGUGCCACAGCCGGGAAUCAAUGUGCAAAGUCACCAAAUAAACCUGCAACAACAACCGCAGCAACAACAACAAUACACUCAGGGUCAGCAGCAACCACAUGGUUUGACAGCUAUCCAAAUUCAACAACAAAAGAUGCUACAACAGCAUCAAUUGAAGAUGCAAAUGAUGCAGCAGCAGCAAAACAAGAUUGGCAACCAACAAACUCAGCAGUUCCAACAACCCAAUGUUUCUCAGCUAAACCAGGGAUUAUCUGGACAGAUACAGCAUAUACAAAACACACAGCACCACAUACAACAAACUAUACAGUCACCAAAUACUUCAAUGAGUUCUGCUCAGCAACAGAUUGAAAAUAUUAGCCAGAUGCUCAGUCAAAGUGCCAAUAACAUGCAGCAACAACAACUGAACCAGCAGAACAUGGCCAUGAAACAGAAUUUGAGUCUAAGCCAGCAGACGGCAUCACAAGCUGUUCAGAACAUUGCACAGCAACUAGCACAAUCUACACAAAGCUUCCAGAAUGCUAAAAUGAAUCAAAAUCUGAGCCAGGGACAAGUUAUCACCCAGCAAUUAAUAGGUUCCGGUCAGCAGUUAUCAACCCAAAACCAAAAUUUGAUUCAACAACAGACUGUUCAAUCUAUAACUAAUCAACAGCAGAAUAUUAAUAUGGGUGUAGUGAAUCAGCAGGGGCUGGUGACGUCACAGGCUCAGCAGGGUCAAAGCCAAGUGCAAUUGAAUCAAUUAGUAGGGAGCACCGGGCAACAGAUUGGACAGCAAAUUCAGUCCAUACAGCAGGCAAUUCAAGGUCAACAGACUGGUAAUGUGCCCGUGCAAGGCACUUGGAGGCAACAGAAUAUCCAGAUGGUCCAAAAUGUGCAGGGCCAACAUCAAAUUAUAAGAAGUCCUUUAAUCCAGUCUCGCAAUCCACAGAGCCAAGUGGUGUUGCAGCAGCAAAUAAUGCAGACUCAACAGCAAGCUCUGAUAAACAACCAGCAGCCACAGCUGAGUCCGCAGCAACAUACAAUUCAGCAGACAUCACAACAAAUUUUGCAACAAUCUAUUGGUUCUCAAGGUCAGACGAUAAGCCAAACUCACCAUCAAAUAUUAGUACAAAAACAGCAAUUGUUGAACAGUUCUGGACAGCAACAAAUAGUCCAGGCUCCGCAGCAAGUGCUUAUAAAUCAACAUACUGGACAACAACAGAUUUUGGUUCAUGGAAAUCAGCAGGUUACUUUGCAGAGUGGUCAGCAAAUAGUGUCACAAAGCCAGAUAGUUCAUCAAGGUGGUCAAUUGGUCAAUCAGGGUGGACAGCAAAUUAUAACACAAGGAACGCAGCAAGUUUUAUCACAAGGAGGGCAGCAUGUGAUAACUCAGCAGGGCCAGCAACAUCAAGUGGUGAUCGCUCAGUCUCCACAGCAGAUUGUGACACAGUCUGGUCAGAUUAUUGGGCAGGCUGUUGGUCAGACUCAGCAAGUGCUGUCGCAAGUGCCGCAGUCACCCCAGGGCGGGACUCAGUUGACGUCGGGUGGUGGCAUACAGCAGAUCAUCACGCAUAGUGGUGGGCAGCAGAUCGUGUCUCCUGGAGGCCAGCAGAUAGUCCAAGGGGGCCAGGCAUGGCAACAGCAGCAGUACUUACAACAAAGGCAGCAAAUCGCGCAACCAGGAACCGUGGGGCCUAGAGUAUCCUGGACGGCAGGGGGCGGCGGUCGCCAGCUGAUCCACUUGGAUGCGCAGACGCACGCACAGCUGCAGCAAAUGGACCCCAAGCAGAGAGCUAUGUUCGUAGCGCAGCUGCAGAAGCGAAGACAGCUGUCUAUGCAGCGGGCGGCUGCUUUGGCUCAGCAACAGGGAGGCGUGGUAACAGGGACCCCCGGGGGAACGCAGCCGAGUGUCACUUUCAUUAGGAGCCAGCUGCCGGCAGGGUUGACCCAGCAGCAACAGGUACAAUGGCUACAACAACAAGGAGCCAGAGCGGCUACCAUACCAGCUUCAGGACCGGCCCAGCCCCCACAGUCUCCAGUGGGUGGCGCCCCAGUGGCCAGCCCGGGGGCGGCGACAGGGGGCGCUGUGGAGUCCCAACUCCAACAGCUGCAGCUCCAUAGACAACAACAGUACCAGAGGUUGCAGCAGCUCCAAGCGCAGAGAGACCAUGUAGCACAGCAUCACGCCAUCAAACAGGUGGGCACCGGCAUAGGUCCACACACAGUGGCCGCGGUGGGGGCGGUGGGGGCCGUGGGUAACGUGGGCGUGGGUGGGGUGAACGCCGUGGGGGCGGUGGGAACCCAGCCCCUGGCCGAACCAAACGUCGACGCAGCUCUUCUCACUUCGCCUCAAGGGGACCAACAACAAGGUGCAAACAGCGCGCUGUUAGUGAACCCUAAGACCAAAACAGCUUUGGCCAACAUGCUGAGCAUCCGACUUCAGGGCGGAACCACCCCCGCUGACCACGAGCCCUCCGCUGCCGGCACACUCAGGUUAAUGACAGCAGUGCACGCAGCUGGGGGCGCUGUGGGCGCUGUGGGGGCGGUGGGUGCGGUGGGGGGCGUCGGCGCAGUUCGGGCCCCCGCGCGGCUGUUGCUGGGGCCGCAGCAUCAUCCGCACCAGGCGGGGGCAGGUGUGGUGGGUAGUAAAGUGUACGCAGGCGCGGUGAGGGCGCCGCCCCCCCGCGCACAGUUCUACGGCCACAACCCCAACCUCAAACUACCCCCGGAUUUGUUCCUGCUGGGCUGCGUGUUUCAUAUUGUGGAGUACCAACAAUCGUGGGGCACCGAGCGGGUGGCGCGGUGGGCCGAAGCUAUACAACGGCGCGGCGGUGAAGUCGAAGCCAACUACUGCGCAAGAGUCACUCAUGUGCUGUGUGAGACGCAGAAACAUGGCGUCGUCAUGCAGGCGCUGCGCGACGCCAAGCGCUGCGUGACCGCGUACUGGCUGUCGGACGCGAUGCUGCGGCGCGCUGUGGCGCCGCCCUGGCAGGCGCUGCACCUGCCCGCCAUGUACUGUGUGCGGGAGCGGCCGGCGCGACAGCAUCGCGCCGCCGUCUCCGGCUGGCGGCUGGAGGAGCGCCAGCGACUGUUCUGCUGCAUACACCAUGUGGGCGCCAAGGUGACACCGUACAUGACUCGAGACAACACAGUGUUGAUCUGCAAACGGGCCGAGGGCAACAAAUACAGGAGGGCCCGGGAGUGGGGCAUCCCCGUGGUGACCGCCAUGUGGCUCACUGACCUGCUGCUGGGCAACAUGAGUGCGCUGGCGCAGAUUGAAAAUACCAAAUAUCAGCAGUUCAACUUGACAAGUCCGUUCCGUAUGGACUACAGUCUAGUGUCACAUCUGAUGAACGGCUGGAAAAUGCCAAUAAACAUAACACAAGAGUCUAACGAGAGAGCGAAGCGCGCAGCCGCUAGCGCCGCCCCCCCGCGGCGCGCCAAGCGGCCGCGCCUCGACCCCGCCGCCCCCUCCCCCUCCCCCUGCCCCUCCCCGGCCCCGGCCCCGGCCGCCGCACCCGCACCCUCCCCCGCGCCCGCCCCCGCCGCGCCGCCGCCGCCCCUGCCCCUUGCGCUCGCGCCCCGGGUUCUCUUCUCGGCUGUGGCGCCGCACGAACAAGCGAGAUUGGCCGCUAUUGUCAGACAACUGGGCGGGUCUGUGGUGUCGUCGCCGGCAGAAGCCACUCAUCUAGUGAUGGAGAAGCUGGUCCGCACCAGCAAGCUGCUCAGCGGGCUCGUGUGCAGCAAACACCUGCUGCGGCCCGAGUGGCUGCUGGCCAGCCAGCGGCUCAACAAGUUCGCGGACGAGGCCCAGCACCAACUCCGCGACGACGCCUUCAACAAGACCUUCAACUGCGACAUCUCCGAGGUGCUACUCUGCGGGGAACAGCGCAGAAAACUCUUCGAAGGCGUCACCUUCUUCCUCACUCCGUGCGUGAAACCGUCCCGAGCGGCUCUCACCGAAAUGAUCGAAUUAUCCGGAGGAAAAGUGGAAAGGAACAGACGAAGUUACGUGUCCAUUCAAGAAAUGCACACCCAGAAACCGUACAGUUAUCUAGUGUUAACGGUGCCAAAUGAUUUGCAUCUAGUGUAUUACUUGUUACAAUCGGAAAAGACGUUGAAUGUUGUGUGCAGUACGGAAGUGGUGCUGUCGGCCAUUAUGAGACAGAAACUGGACGUCGAAGAGUUCCUUGUCAAAAUUGAUUAGUUUUAGUUUCGUUAUGGAAUUGUGAUCGUGUUCAAUGUCCUUGAAGUGUACAACACAAAUGGAAAAAUUUUAUUUAGAAUAUUGUAAAUAAAGAAAUUCACCCAACAGAUAUUUAGAGCAAUCUGACACGAAUCCGGAUUCGCCAUUAAUUUUCCUAUUAUUUUUUUCUUAUUUGAUAAAUAGAAGAUUUACUCUUUGUUACUACCGUCUUGUUAUUUUUCUAAUGUCUUUUGUGACUUUUGGAUUCGGGUGAAUUUUACCAAGACAGAUUUAUUGCAAAAUAUUGUUGGUGUAAUGAACCAUGAAUGUUUAUGAAAUAUCUCAUAUAAAAUUAAGUCUUGACAACUGGUGUGUGCUGGAAGUGGGAGUAAUUAUAAUGUAAUUAAAUAUUAUAAGCAUAUAUAUAUGUCAUUCAGAUGUUAGUAUUAAAUGAAAUAUAUAAAUGCUCUCAUAUGGACUGAUUGAUAUGAUCAAAAGUGUAAUGACAAGAAUUGCUGGUAGAGCUGUGAAGGUAUAUUUAAGUAUUAAAUUAUAAUUAAAUGUGAAACAAGUAAUUUAUAGUAUAAUAAAGAAAAUAUUUUUUGGACCAAAUAAAAUGGGAGCAGUGAACAGUGCCGCAAAAUCAUCCUUUCUGUAUUGUAACUUGUAUGGAAAAGAUGCCACAAUAUGUAAUAUCCAGUAUUCAUAUUAUGUAUGAAAUAUCAUAUUUUAAAAAGCUAAAAGGCUCCUAACUCAUAUUUUCGGUCAGUAUUUUUAUUCUCAUACAUAUCCUUGAAUACCUACAAAAUGAUGAUUAUGUUUAAGUUGUAAUAUUUCUAAAGAUGUUUCUUUUAUUUUGUAAUAUCUUGUUGUUUUCGACUGUUGUCUGAUGUUUCUUAUAUUUUUGCAUGUCCGCGGGAUACGCGCUCGUUUUGUUCAAAUUUUAAAAAGCAGUUAUGAAUUCGAUUAUUUUGAUAACUUUUCUUUUACCUAUUUUGUAAAUAACUUAUUUGUAAGUCUGGACCACAACUCGUCUGAACAGAAAAAUAUAUGAAUCGUUUAGUA